AUGCCGUCUCCGUUACCUCCGCAAGUGGUGCAGGCUGACCCUACUCCAGUCACGACAGUCCGUGUUGUGGUACACACCCUUGGUGCAGCCGGGCCAAAUACCAGCGACAAUCAUUGGUCAAUGUACUUGAUCCAUUCCGAUCAAGUGUCAUCAACUCGUAUCAACAUGAGAGCCGAAUUUGAUAACCCGACUGGGAUCCUUGAGUGGACCCGGCAUGGCUAUACCCAAACUACAUCUGCCAUCAUGCAUUGGGACUUUCAGGUUACGGCAGGAGUUACUGUAUUGUUCUUCGCGCGCCUCAUCUACAGCCUUGGCCGUGAUAGAUAUGAGAUGUCGGGAGGAGGCUCAGGUUGCCGGUGGUGGGUGUAA